AUGAACACAUCAAAUAAUAACGACUCAACCAGCAGUAAUGGUAAGAAUACCUCUUUAAGCCCGACCUUAGCCACGCACAGUGAUGCUAGUAUGGGCUCAGGUGGAGCAAGUCAGGACACUAGCCAUUUGGGAAGCAGUAUAUGGAACCCAUCAUACAUGAAUCAAUCCUCCCAAAGGCCUUUGCAGAAGCAGCAGCAAUUGCAGCAACAACAAAACCCGCAAUUCUGCUUCGUGAAUCCCUGGAAUGAGGAAAAAGUAACUAAUUCCCAGCAAAAUCUGGUGUAUCCUCCCCAGUACGAUGAUCUGAAUACAAGUGAAAGCUUAGAUGCGUACAGACGGCGUAAAUCUAGUCUCGUUGUGCCUCCAACAAGGGCACCCGCCCCAAACCCUUUCCAGUACGACAGUUAUCCUGCCUACACGAGCUCUAACACGAGCCUACCAGCUAAUAACGGUGGCCAGUACCCUUUUGCUUAUCAACAGCAGCAACAUGCAUACCAGCAGGGUGCUAUCCCCCCCUCACAAUAUGGAACAAGGUUUGUACCGUCUCUUUACGAUCGCCAAGAGUUUCAAAGAAGGCAAAGUCUAGCUGCGACGAAUUACUCGUCCAACUUUUCCUCUGUAAACUCAAACGCCAAUCAAGGAACAAGCUCCAUACCAACGAUUUCACCCUAUAGAAGGCUCAGUGCAUAUCCUCCAAGUACAAGUCCCCCCCUACAGCCUCCUUUCAAGCAGUUACGGAGAGAUGAAGUACAAGCUCAAAAAUUAUCUAUUCCCCAGAUGCAACCCUGCAACUCUAAAAGCGACCUCCAACCGGUCUUGAACGCAACUCCGAAAUUCAGACGUGCAUCACUUAAUUCCAAGACGAUAUCUCCCUUAGUUAGCGUAACAAAAAGUCUAAUUACCACAUAUUCCUUGUGUUCUCCCGACUUUACCUACCAAACGUCUAAAAAUCCCAAAAGAGUGCUGACUAAACCCAGCGAGGGAAAAUGUAAUAAUGGAUUUGAUAAUAUAAACAGCGAUUAUAUUCUUUAUGUGAAUGAUGUUUUGGGUGUAGAGCAAAAUAGAAAGUACCUAGUGCUUGAUAUCUUGGGUCAAGGUACGUUUGGUCAAGUGGUCAAAUGUCAAAAUUUGCUAACUAAGGAAAUUUUGGCAGUAAAAGUGGUUAAAUCCAGAACAGAGUAUCUGACACAAAGUAUAACGGAAGCCAAAAUAUUAGAGUUGCUGAAUCAAAAGAUAGAUCCUGCUAAUAAGCACCAUUUCCUCAGAAUGCAUGAUUCAUUUGUCCACAAGAACCACUUAUGUUUGGUCUUUGAGCUACUGAGUAAUAACCUUUACGAAUUGCUAAAGCAAAACAAGUUUCAUGGAUUGUCUAUGGAUCUGAUCAGAACUUUCACUACCCAAAUACUGGAUUCAUUGUGCGUCUUGAAGGAAAGUAAACUAAUUCAUUGCGAUUUGAAGCCGGAGAAUAUUUUACUUUGUGCUCCAGAUAAGCCAGAAUUGAAAAUCAUCGAUUUUGGUUCGUCAUGUGAAGAAGCAAGAACUGUUUACACAUAUAUUCAGUCCAGAUUUUAUCGUGCUCCUGAGAUUAUACUGGGUAUCCCAUAUUCGACUAGUAUCGAUAUGUGGUCCGUGGGUUGUAUUGUGGCUGAAUUAUUUUUGGGUAUACCAAUUUUUCCAGGUGCUUCCGAAUAUAACCAGCUGACGAGAAUAAUUGACACACUUGGUUAUCCUCCAUCGUGGAUGAUAGAUAUGGGUAAAAAUUCUGGAAAAUUUAUGAAAGGAUUGACACCGGAAGAAAGUGGUACCUCUGCACAAAAGCAUCGUAUGAAAACCAUCGAAGAGUUCUGCAGAGAAUACAAUAUAAUAGAAAAGCCAAGUAAGCAGUACUUUAAAUGGAAAAAAUUGCCGGAUAUUAUCAGAAACUACAGGUACCCCAAAAGCAUUCAGAACUCUCAAGAUCUUAUUGACCAAGAAAUGCAAAAUAGGGAAUGUUUAAUUCAUUUCUUAGGCGGUGUGCUCAAUUUGAACCCGCUAGAAAGAUGGACACCACAACAGGCAAUGCUACAUCCAUUUAUCACGAAGCAGGAAUUCUCAGGCGAAUGGUUUCCUCCAGGGUCUUCUUUACCUGGACCAUCAGGAAAAUACGAUAGCACAAAGGUCCAGCAGAAGGGCCAUGGACGCAUGAGCGAUUCUAGUGGCAAUGCCAGCCACAACUAUGUCUAUAAUUCUGGUAAUGUCAGUGGCGGUGCUGACAGCGUUGACAUCGGAACUAUCAGCAAAAGAAAGGAAAACAUAUCUAGCAGCUUUCUUAAUGACUGUGUCGUAAGUCAUUCUGUCCAAGAAGGCCCAACAAGUGAAUUCAAUAAACUUCACAUUGUCGAGGAGUAG